AACCUGUAUGAAUUUAUUUGUUCUGCUGAACACAAAGGAAGAUAUUUGGAAGAAUGUUUGUAACAAAGCAGAUCUGAGUAAACUGACAAUUUUAAUUUUGGGUGAACUAACCCUUUAAUUAACACUAGUAAAACUAAGUUGAGAUAUCUCAAGUUAGAAUUAUGCAUAGUACAAAAUAAAUCAUAGAUAUCUUUAAUUACAGUCUCUACUAGUCAAAACUAAUUUGUAGAUAUCUUCAAUGCAUAAAAUCACGUAGAUAUCUUGCAUCCACUUACGACUAGUCAAAAUUACAGAAUUGAUAUCUGGAAUUGUAAUGUUGACUAGUGAAAACUAAAUGAGGACUAGUAGAGCCAGGGGCAUUUAAUGCUCUCAUUUCAUCUGCUCCACUGCUGUGAUUGUGUUUAUUUCUACAUUAUUUUAUUUUCAACAUUAACAAAAUGGGUUUAUUUCACUGUUUCUCAGGUGUUGUGAUGUCAGGUGAGGCGUCAACAAAUUCAGAAAGUGAAAGCCACGCGUCGACCUGUUGCAGAAACCACACACGAAAAAGAAAAAAAUUGCUUACUGAGUCUAUAAAUAACUUUAAUCACUCGUUUUUAUUCAAUCCAUAAUUGUAAUGAUCUCAGGUUCUAUCGUUGUGCCUGAUCGCUAAAUUGUAGCCUGUUGUUAAAACUCAGUUUUUGGUAUAAUACGAUCUCAGUGCAACAGAAAGACAGUAAACACGGAGUUUAAGCUUCGAAAGUCAAGGAUUUGUCAGGUGUCAUGGAGUCAUGGAUACUGGUUUGGAUUCUGUGUAACACAGUCAUUCACAUGCCUGUGUGUCUUCAUGGAGCAAUAUCAGUACACUUUAAGACUGGACGACCUCUGAUUGUUGCACUCGGACAAACUCUUGUUCUGGAAGCCGCAUUUGAGAAAGAAAAUCCAGACGACGAGAUAGACAUGGUGACAUGGGACCGAGAGAGAGGGGAAAAAAACGUAAGACUAUCAGGUGCUCCUGGAAGCAGAAUAUCUUUGGAGAAAGGAGAUGCACUUCUGCGGAUCACUGAUGUUGCAGAAGAAGACUUUGGGAUCUACAAGGUCACCGUUACAGACAGUAAUGGAUAUCAGCAGUAUGACUCUGUAGAAGUGAGAAAGAUUGAGGAACCUCCAAAGGCGGUGAUUGUACGUGUGCUGGAGUGUGUGCUGGAGAAGCAUGACAUGGCGCAGUGGGAUAGCCCUCAGUUCUCAUGGCUGGUUGAUGGAGUGGCAGUAACCAAUCAAACGGCACUGUUAGCAGGUGGCAGUAGACUCGACAUCUCUCAGGUUAAGGGAGUUAACUACACCUGCAUCAUCAAGAGCAGCCUGGGGACACGGGUCACAACACAUUAUGAAGAACAACCAAAAGAAUCUUGGAAUCCCUGUUGUUCAGGACUGAUUGCAGUUAUAGUUAUAGUUAUAGUAGUGCUGUGCGUGGCCGGGUUUCUUUUCCUGAAGAGAUGGAAAAAACGUGAUGUUCUCUAGCCAAAGGAGUUGGUCAUGACUGACUGGAUCCACAUACAACAUUUUAUUUAUUUAUUUAUUUACAUGUCAACAUAUACUUAUAAUCAUUUUAUUUUGAUAAUUUUGUUGAUUAUUUAUGUUACAUAUACUAUAUCACUGGGAUCAUUUAAUUCAGAGCUUUUUUCCUCUUUUAUUAGAAAUGCCUCACCAUGAUAAAUAUCACACUGGCUGUGAUUCCUGUUUACUCACUGUUACUGUACUUGAAAAAUUGUACAUUUAUGUUGUGACUCUGAAUAUAUGCAACUCUCAAAC